AUGAGCUCACGCCAACUCGGUUUCAUGCGUCUUGUCAGCACAUUUUUCGCAGGGGUCUGCUCAAGAUACGCAAACAAGGAGAAAGAUGAUUUAAUUGACAUAUGUGGACGACGAGGAGUGCAGGAUACCGUUUCUGAGCGAAUUAUUAAUGGUACCGAGGCGACUCCUGGCCACUGGCCGUGGAUGGUGGGGCUGUAUAAUGCAGAAGACCAAUUCAAAUGUGGUGGCGUUUUAAUAAGCCGCCAGUUUGUUUUGACUGCUGCUCAUUGCUAUUGGACCAAAAACACUACAGGUUAUCUUUCAGUUCGCCUGGGAAGUACGAAAAAAACCUAUUAUACCGUACAUUGUCAACGAAAUAAAGGCAAAAAUGUCCAUCUAGAAAGGAGUGACACAACAGUCAUCCAUGAGGAUCUGGAAGAUCAAAUCAUUUGCCUGGAAGUGGAUUACGCCUGUGUACCCCUUCAGGACAACUGUACCCUUAAUGUGAAAAACCUUGCACUAUUGAAAUUAAAAGAACCGGUCAAUUUUACAACGUAUAUUCGCCCAAUCUGCCUUCCUGAACAUUGCGAAGAACCGCCUUCAAAUGCCAGCAUCUACGGUUUGGGCUGGGGCAUAGCUUAUGUACGCGUGAGAUUCCUGUCAUUGAGAGGCCUCGGAUUCUUAAAUGCUAACACAAUCAAACCAAAUGUGGGCGCUUCUAUAUGUUUCCUUAAUCUAUUUCUUUGGAACGGCGUGCAGGCACACGCUAGUUUUUGA